UCACCAUCACCAACAUCAUCACCAUCACCACAAUCCCCAUUAUCACCAACAUCACCAUCACCUACAUCACCACCAUCACCACCAUCCCCAUCACCACCAACAUCACCAUCUCCAUCUCCAACAGACUCUGGAGAAGCUGCGUGACCUCUUCGCCGCGAACGGGGGAGAGCUGGACUCACUGGCCACCGUGCAGCACAGCCAGUGCACGGGGGGACGAGGAGGCUCGGCAUUCGUCAUCGAAUUCGACCCGAAGCAGGACAAUUCAAACGUCAACUUCGACUCGAUCAUGAGCCUCGACUCUGGAGGUGGAGGAGGUGGAGGAGGAGGAGGUGGAGGAGGAGGAGGAGGAGGAGAUAGUGGAGGGGGGGGAGGAAGUGGAUCUCUCAACCCGUGCGUCGAAGAGGGAGAAUAUUACUACUAUUACCACGAGGACUGUCCUGAUGACGUCAACAACCCGAUGUACAUGACCCUCGAAGAGUUCGAGAAUGGAGGAACUGAUGACGGAGGAGGUGGAGGUGGAGGUGGAGGUGGAGGUGGAGGUGGAGGUGGAGGAGAUGGAGGAGGAGGAAUUGGCGAGGACGAUCCCUGCUUCUUCGUGAAUACAGAUUACUAUUGGGAAUACAGCGAAGUUUGCCCUCAGGACGUGGAUUACGCCAUUAGUGUGGACGAAUAUUAUGACCUGUACGGCGACCAGUUGGAGAAUGAGGAGUAUUACGAUUACUAUGACUACGGGGACGGCGAGGGAGACAACUACUACGACUACUAUGGCGACUACUACGAGGACACUUACGACAGCGAUGGGAACAGCAGCGAUAGUGAGAACUAUGAUGAUUACUACUAUGACGACUACGGGAGCGAGGAUGACUACUACGACUACUACAACGACGACUCCGGCUAUGACUACGACCCGGACAAGUUCGAAGGGCGUCGGUGCGUCGUUAUCGUAGAAGAGGAGCCUGUGGUGUACGACGAGUGCCCCGACGACCUCCUGUACUACGCCUAUUUACCCGAAGAGUACUACGUGUACGAGGACUUCGCGGGGUCGCCGUGUUACACCUUCGCGGACGGGGAGUACCAGUACUACGAGGAGUGUCCUGAGGGGGCCGUGGGACCCAUCCCCGCGUCCUUCGUGGAUUUCGACGACGCCACCGCCAGGAUGGGCAAGAAGCCGCUCAUGGGGAAGGCCAAGAGGAAGGAAGAGAGGAGGGAGAAGAGAAAGGAGAGGCGCAAGAAGAGGAGGAAGGACAAGGACGGGAGGAAGAAAGGAGCCGGAAAGAACGGAAAGAACGGGAAGGCGAAAGGAGCCAAGGGAAACAAGAAAGGAAAGGAAUCUAAGGGUGAAGGGAGGAACAAGAACAAAAACAAGAAAAAGCGAAGGAAGAACAAGAAAUCCCGCAACGAAAUCGACGACCUGGAGAAGAUCAAGAAACCGAAGGGCGAGGACCUCCUGCGCCUGAUCAGAAACAACAGCAAAGUCCAAAAGCUCUUGAAAGAAGCGGGGGUAUCGUGGAGGGACCUCACCGCCGACAUCAGACUGUCCAAACUCCGGAAAAUGGUGAAUAACAAGAAGCUUUGGAAGGAGAUCCGCCAGGAACUCGUCCCCAAGAGGGUGAGCAGCGGGUGGCAGAGGCGAAUGGACAAGCCGCAGGGGUUGGAGCUGUGGCUGAUGCUCACGACGAACAAGAAGCUGAUCAAACUCCUGCUCAAGGCGGAGGUCGAGCUCACGGGAAGUCCCUUCGACCUCCGCUUCGACGACCUCCGGAAAAUGAUCAAGAACAAGAAGAUUUGGAAGAAAGUCAGUUCGAUCUUGAUGAAGCUGAAGAAGAAGAAAAAUAAAGAGAAAGGGAAAGGAAAGGGUAAGAAGAAGAAUAGAAAAAGAAAGGGGAAGAAGAAUAGAAAAAGAAAGGGGAAGAAGAAUAGGAAAAACAAACAAACGAGUGUGAAGGAAAUGUUGUUAAACUCGAAGACAAUGACAGACUUGUUAAAGAGGGAAGAAGGAAUCAGCGUCGAGGGCCUUCCAGACGACGUCAAGCUCUCCGACCUCAAGACGAUGAUAAAGAAAAAGGAAGUCUUCAAAACGAUAAAAGAUUACGUCUUGGGAACGAGGAAGAAAGACGAAAAGAAGAAUAAGCGAACGAGCGUGAAGGAAAUCCUUAUGAAAUCGAAGGGAAUGACAAACUUGCUGAAAAGGGAAGAAGCAAUCAGUGUCGAGGGCCUUCAAGACAGCACUCGACUCCCAGACCUGAAGACGAUGAUAAAGAAGAAGGAAAUCUUCAGGAUCGUAAAGGAAUACGUCUUGGAAACAAGGAAAUUGGAAACGGAGAGGAAAAACAAGAAAAACAGAAAGAGAAAAAGAAAGAGACAAGGAAAGAAGUCGAGGAAAAACAAACGAACGAGUGUGAAAGAAACAUUGAUGAAAUCGAAAGAAAUGACAGACUUGUUAAAGAGGGAAGAAGGAAUCAGCGUCGAGGGCCUUCCAGACGACGUCAAGCUCUCCGACCUCAAGACGAUGAUAAAGAAAAAGGAAGUCUUCAAAACGAUAAAGGAUUACGUCUUGGGAACGAGGAAGAAAAGGAAGAAGCAAAAAAGGAAAGAGAGAAAGCAUAACAAAAAUUCAGAGAACAGACAAGAAACCGUUAAAGAAUUGCUAAUGAACUCGAAGAAAAUGAGGGAUAUUCUUAAGGAAGAAGGCAUUAGUGUCGACGGUCUUCCGGACAAUGUGAAACUUUUUGACCUCAAGGAAAUGAUGAAGAACAAGGAAAGCUUCAAAAAGGUCAAGGAAUUUGUCAUAAGAGAGAGAAAUAAGGCACCAAAGGACAAGAAAUCGAAUGAGAAGAGGAGGAGGAAGAAGAAGAAGAAGAACAAAAAUGAAAACCAGAAAAAAGAGAAUUCGUUUGUGAAGGUGAAAAACGGAGAUGGAAAGAACAAGAAGGAAAAAUCCAGUAAUAAGAAAGAGGGGAAAGGCAAAGAUGAGAAUAAAAAGGACAAAAAGAAUGUAGCUAAAAAGAAUGAUGUAAAGGACAAGAAGGAAAGGGAGAAGAAAAAGGAUGAUAACAACAACAACAA